GGCAACAACAUGAGCAAAGUAUGAAUGAGGUAACCGAAGAAAAAGGAGACAUCACAAUCGAGGAGACGAGACUGGUAAUGGAGCCCUCGAAACGGAGCGGGACCCGCUGGCACGCCUCCCACGUGUCGUCCCCUCCUGCAUGGCGCUGCGACCUGGUGAGGAACAGGACGCGUCAAGCGAUGGCCACGGCUCCUCCUCCUCCGCCUCUUCUUCUUAUCUCGUCUUCGAACCCUAAUUUCCACUUCUCUUUUAAACCCUUCCCGGAAGACCCCUCAGGUCGACUCCGCUCCCACCGCGAGGCAUGGCGACGAGUUCAUCCCCUUCGGCCACCGAGCGAGCCCGGUUCUUCUUCGCCACGACGCUGCUGCCGGUGAUGUUGGUCGCCGCCCCCAAGCCGAGGCGCGGUAGGGCGCCUGGCCCAUGAGACCCGGCCAUCCAGUUGCCCUCGGGUAGGCCACACCCCGAGACUGGAGGCGGCCGCCGACCAGUUCGGCGCUGCUCGUGGCGGGCUCUUCCGGCUACGGGAACUACCGGCAUCAGGCCGACGCGUGCCAUGCGUAUCAGCUGCUGUUGAGAGGCGGGCUGAGGGGGGAGAACAUAGUGGUGAUGAUGCACGACGACAUCGCCCACAACCCCCUCAACCCGAGGCAGGGCGUCAUCAUCAACCACCCCCAGGGCCAAGACGUUUACGCUGGGGUCCCCAAGUGACGUCCACAAUCUAAAGGAGGAGACCAUUGGGAAGCAGUAUGAACUGGUGAAGAUGAGGACAUCCGGUUAUGACACCUAUAGAGCCGGGUUUUUUUACCAGAGCUUUGACCCUUCUAAUGCCAAUGUUACUGAGAAUGUCGUUGAUCUAAGAAUGCAGAUGGGGGUCAUCAAUCAGAGAUGCUGAUCUUCUCUUCUUGUGGAAAAGGGUGAGUCGUAAUUUUUCCUUUGUUUUUGUUGACUUUUACUUUGUGCUCUUCCAUCCAUGGUAAUGUUUAAAUUCAAAGACUCAACAAUUGGUAAUGAUUCUCUUAGUUAUUUGAUAAACAGAAGCCAGAUUAUGACGGAAGGAAGCAGGACCAAGGAGGUUAGUGUUAACUUGUGGUAAAACAUAAAUAGGAAUUUGGGAUCUUUUCAUGGUUAAAAAUAUAUGUGUUACGCACAAAAUUUUAUGAGGUUGGCCUUGGGUUCAUGGGUAAUUGAGUUGGUGUCAUCUGUGUUGUCCUUUAAUUGACUUUUGUGAAAUAGGACGGUCCAUUGAUAUCCCUUGUGGAGAUAUCUAUCCAAUAUGACUUUUAGAGGGUGAGAAAAUCCAGGUAACACUGGUGGAUAUCCUUAGAGUGGACAGAGAACCGAGGUGAUAAUGACAGAAUUAUAGAGUUUGAAAUCUGAGAGCACCAUCAAUAUUUCUGUUGUAGUUAUGAUUGACUGAACAGAUGAAGAGAAGAAAAAAACUUGUAUUCUUGGAUGUCCUGUGUUAUGAAAAGUAGACAUUAUGGUAGCAUACAUUUUAGUUAUUGAUUUGAAUAUGGUACAUUAAGAUGUGAAUUUAGCAUCUGUUAUGUGUUAACAGGCGGUGCAAAUCUUUUGUGCUUUGGUUGGUUGACUUCAAUACGUUAACAAUGAAUGUGAUCUUCUGAAUCUCUCCAUGCAAAUUGUUUUCCCGAAUGAGCAUUUUUUUAAUAAAUACAAAUGUUAAUCUUUUAUUGUUUUCAGUACGAACAAUUGGAUGAAAGGUUAAGCCAAAAGAAGGCUAUUCUUAAGGAGAUCACAGAGACAAUGAUGCACAGUAGCAUUAAUUACUUUGGGAAUCUAAUUUUUGGAUCACAGAAAUUGGUCCCUUUAUCCUCAGAGCUGUGAGAUCAUCUGGUCAAGCACUGGUUGAUGAUUGGGAAUGCUUGAAGUCGAUGGUUCAGGUAUUUGAAUCACAUCAUGGAUCCCUCACUCGGUCUGGCAUGAAACAUUUGGGGACAUUUGCAAACACAUGCAAUGAAGAUAUCUCGAUGAAUGUUAUGAAAGCAGCUUGUUCUGGUACGUGUAAGAGCUACAACAUAGCUAUGUGGAGUCCGUCGAGGAUACAGUGCUUGAUCUUGUUAUCACCUCAAACUCUAUCUUAGUAGCCGCACUCAUUCUACGCUGCUGCCAUACAAAGCCCAGGGAAGAUGGACACCCUUUCUCAUGUUCCUCCAGGGUUUCGGUUCCACCCGACCGAUGAAGAACUCGUGGAUUAUUACCUCAGGAAGAAGGUAGCAUCAAGAAGGAUUGACCUGGACAUCAUAAAAGACAUCGAUCUGUACAAGAUCGAGCCAUGGGACCUUCAAGUAAAAUGCAAGAUUGGUACAGAAGAACAGAACGAGUGGUACUUCUUCAGCCACAAGGACAAGAAGUACCCAACGGGGACGCGGACCAACAGAGCAACCACUGCUGGUUUCUGGAAGGCCACCGGGAGGGACAAGCCGAUCUACUCCAAGAACAGCUUGAUCGGAAUGAGGAAGACGCUGGUCUUCUACAGGGGUCGAGCACCCAACGGGCAGAAGUCGGAUUGGAUCAUGCACGAAUACCGUCUUGAAGCAAAUGAGAACGCGCCACCCCAGGAAGAGGGAUGGGUUGUGUGUAGGGUUUUCAUCAAGAGAAUAGCACCGGUCAUCAGAAGAGCCAGUGAGCACGACUCUGCAUGCUGGUACGACCAUCAUGUGUCCUUCACGCCGGAGCUCGACUCUCCGAAGCAAGUAGGAGCCCCGCCGGAGAUGGCGUACCACCACCACCACCCACUCUUCUCCUGCAAGCCGGAGCUGGAGGUGCGCCACCACCACUUGCCACAGUUUGAUUCGUUCCUCCAGCUCCCCCAGCUGGAGAGCCCCAACCUUCCUUUCUCCCUCGUCGCGCAAGAAGACCCGAUGAUCCAGCCCAGUAAGCAGCUCCAGAUCUUCUCCACCUGCAACAACUCCCAAGGUAUCAUUCAUCAUGCAGCGGAGCAGGCAACGGACUGGAGGGUGUUCGACAAGUUCGUCGCAUCCCAACUCAGCCAUGGUGACAUCUGCAGAGAACUCAACUACUCCAGUUCUGGAAGCGACUUCCAAGUUUCCCAGAAGCUUGAAGCAAAUGUGGAGCAUGCUUCGGCUUCCAACUCCAGUGGUGGCCAAACCGAGCUGUGGAAAUGAAGCCCAUACAUAUAAUUAUACUGAUUUUAAUUAGGAGGUAAAUAGCUACCAAAAAUCCGAAGAUCACAGAUUUAUGUACAUAAUAAACCACGAGAACAGUCUGGGAUUGCUUCUGACCUCUGUAUCAUGUUAAGAGCUUCUACUUGUCGAGAAGGUAUCAGAUGGAUGAUGAGGCCGAGGGUUCGAGUAACUGACUCGGUCUCCAUUGAAGAGAAAUCUGAGACAUAAUGGACUCCAUUAUUUGGUCCAUUGUUUCGGAGCAGUAUUUGCUGCCAUGUCGCUAAUGUCUUCUACAGUAGAUGGCUGCUUGUUCAUUU